AUGAAUGGGAGCAGUCAGAAGGAUGACCCCACCAAACCAGACUUCCGUGAUGUUACUGUUCAGUUGCUUACUCACGCGGACGACUCUGCCGAGUUCAUUGUAUACAAGGCCGUGGUGACAGCAGGCUUUUUGCGUCGAUUCUCUACACCAGCAAAAUUUUCCAAGUUGGAGGCCAUACCUGAUUGCGGCAUGAAUAUCGAGUACACAAAGGUUCCGAUCUGGCCAGUGCUUGGUCUGAAGGAGAGACUGGGCAAGGCUCUCGGUCGUGAGAUCGCUGGAGACAUCCUUCCAGAUGACGAGAGUAUUGAAACGUGGGAGAGUCAAGAAGACAGACAGGCACGGCUCGGUAGCUUGAAGCGCAAGAGAAUCGACCGAGAGGCGCUGUCUGAGGUGUUCAAUCAGAGCUUUGAAGUUCACGAAGAUAGUAGCCAGGAGCCCACACCCUCUACUGGGAACAGACUGGGCAUCUCAGCUCCUCUAUCUCCUACCUCGAAGCGACGACGAACAAGGCCCAUCAGUGAGCUAGAGGUCUGCUAG